GGAAUUUUAAAACAAAGUGGGUUUUUGUUGUUUUUUUUUAGCAUUUUAGUUAAUAUGUAACUUCACUAAAACUGGGAAAAUUCAUAGAUGAAAAGAUUUUCUUGCUUUUUUUGAGAAGAAUCUUGCAGCCUGCCCUAUGUGGUCAUGAUGACCAGUGAGCAGACUUUGGAGAAUGUAAGUUUUGAUCAGAAUGGAGAACUCUCCAUUGUGCUGAUCUGGAAUAUCAAAAACACAUUUCUGUGAGAUUAGCUGAAUAGUUUGAAUGAUCUUACUUUACUAUUUAAGUUGUAUGCUUUUAGUUAAAAACAAAAAAUUAACUGUCUGAAGGUGUUAAUAAGAUGGAAUUCUCUCACGGUGCUGGGGGAAACUUUGAGUUAGCCUUGCCUUCUACUUGCAUUGUAAUGGAGAGAGAUUUUCUGAUUGCUUUAGAAUGUGACUGACUGGCUUCGCUUCCAUGUGGCCUUUCUCGAAUGGCACUUGAUUUCAAAGGUUCUAAAAUGUCACUUCCAGUUUUAUAGGUGGGACAGAGUAUUAGGAGUCACAUAUUACGUGGCAGGCUCACUUUAUGAGCUUGACCAGGCACAUUUGAUGCCUUAGCAUGGUUACUGUGAUAAUCUAAUUUUAAAAGCUUUAUGACAGAACACUUCAAACAUAUUCAUGUGGUUACACAGAUGGAAUAGUACAAUAACCCCCAUGUCCAUCACUCAGCUUUAUAAGCCGAAAUCUGAAUAGAAUCAUAGAAUGUUGGGAAGAGAUUGGUUGGGUUUGAAUGCGUUAAUUUGCGAGCUGGUGAAUUCUUCUCAAAGAGGAAGUCUUGGGGGAUGCCACUAUACAUGGUAUCAAAUAAACAUUGACCAAAUAGCUCAGGUCUUUUCUAGCCCUGUGACCUUUUGUCUAAAAUGGUGAUUCUCAAGUUUUUCCCCUUGGAAAUCCAUUUGUCUAUAAUAAAACAUCCCUUUAACCUCCUAAUUCUUCUGCCUGAAGCAGGGACAAAACUUCUCCAAAAUAAGAGAGCGAAUUGUGUCAUCUCAAGGCUUUGGUGCAUAAUUCAUUUCUUAUUAGGAUAAUACCACAUUAUAAAAAUGUUGAAACUGUUCAAAUAGUGAUUUGAAUCACUUCAAAUAGUGAUUCUGUUUUUGAGAAUCUAUUCUAAGAAGAUAAUCCUAAUUAUAGAAAAAGCUUUAGAGGGCUGAACAGGUGGAGCACAGAAGAUCCUUAGGGCAGUGAAACUCCUCUCUACGAUACUGUCAUGGUGGAUACGUGUCAUUACAUUUGUCCAAACCGAUAGAAUGUCCAACACCAAGAGUGAGCCCUCAUGUAAACUGUGGACUUUAAGUGAUAAUGAGGUGUCAGUGUAGGUUCAUCAUUUGGAACAAAUGUACCAUCUGGAGGGGGACGUUGAUAGUGGGGAGACUGCAUGUGGGGCUGAGGGUAUAUGGGAAAUCUCUGUACCCUCUGUUCAGUUUCGCUGUGAACCUAAAACUGCUCUAUACACGAAAGUAUAUUAACCCCCCCCAAAAACUUUAGUGUAUAAAGAUUUUCACCACAGUGUUACUUAUUGAAGUGAAAAAUUUUAAAACAAGCCAUUUAUCCAGCCAAAUAGGAUGGUUAGUCCAUUCAUGGAUGGAAUGCAAAUGUUCCACUGGAUGGGCUGCAACUAUUAAAAUAUGCUUGGGAAAAGCUCAUAAUGUGGAAAAAUCCUUAUGAGAUGUUAAAAGAUGAGACACAAAAAUUUAUACACAAUAUUAUUAUGGUAGUGGAGAACAAAUAUGAAGUAAAAUCUGUGAAUAGAGGAAAUAUCAAAAGGAAAUCAGUAACAUACUAAAGUGUUUGUCUUCGGUUGUUCUUUUUUCUUUCCUGUUUCUUUUAUUUUUUAAAGUUUUCUAUACUGCAUAUGCAUUACUUUAAUGGUGGACAUAGUUCAAUCUUCAUUCCUGUUUAAGUUUUUAAAAUAUACUCUGGGGAAAAUUUUAAAAAUAUAUUGAUAUUGUAAGAAAAUAAUAUUGACUUCCUUAAAGAACAAAUAAAGCCACAGUUUUCUAAAGCACUGCAAACAAGCAAGCAACCCCAGUUGUUUACUGCUUAUGUCAGGAUAGCUGAUUUCUGUUUCAGAUUUUGCGUCAGUGGCUCAAAGGACAGUAAAUCACUCACGGUCCAUUAUAAAAAAAGCAGCACAGAAGAAAAUAUUAAAAUAUUUGUGUUUUGUUAAUUAUAAAACUAAGAGAAGUUAAGCUUUAAUAAGAAUUAUUUCAGGGACUUCCCUGGUGGUCUAGCAGUUAAGACUCCGUGCUCCCAAUGCAGGGGGCUUGGGUUUGAUCCCUGGUCAGGGAACUAGAUCCCGCAUGGCGCAACUAAGAUCCUGCGUGCCGCAGCUAAGACCGGCUCAGCCAAAAUAAAUAAAUCAGUAAAUAUUCUUUUAAAAAGAGUUAUUUCAGGAACAAACUGAUGCUUGUGCUCCCCUCGUGUCUGUCAGAUGGUCCCUUGUCAGACACCUGCAGGAAGAGGGUUUCUCACUCUUCCCUUAGCUUGCAGGAUGAUGCCUUGUCGGAUAUAUUUAUAAAUAUUAUUAUCUAGCAGAAGCAAAUAACAAGAAAAUGGCAGAGAUGACCUUUCUCCUGAUUGGAACAUUAGGUCAGUAUACAAUAAAAUAACCAAACAUCAAUAAUCUAAUGAGCUUUGGCAAAAAGUUGGCUCCAAAAAUUGAAAAUUAUGAAGAUCAACAUUUGAAAUAUGGAUUUAGUUUCACCACCAUAAUGAUGUGUCUUGACCUAAGUACUGUGCCAGCACUGAGAUACUGUCUAAUAGUAGUAGAGUGUACAUUUGAUGCUAAAUACAUAUGCAAAUGUUUGGAAUAGGAAUCUGUGUUCAAAGAAUUUUUUUUAUGCAUGGGGUGCAUCACUCAAAAUGAUUUGGAGGUCAUUGGCUUAGAAUGCAACCUUAGUAAUAAACUGGGAAAUAAUAGAAGUUUGCUGACUUGAAGCUUAACUUUUAUUUUUUAAAAAAUUUAUUUAUUUAUUUUAAAUUAAAUUAAUUAAUUUAUUUAUAUUUUAUUUUUGGCUGCACUGGGUCUUCGUUGCUGUGCACGGGCUUUCUCUAGUUGCAGCAAGCGGGAGCUACUCUUCGUUGCGGUGCGCAGGCUUCUCAUUGCUGUGGCUUCUCUUGUUGCCAAGCACGGGCUCUAGGCGUGCAAGCUCAGUAGCUGUGGCUCACGGGCUCUAGAGCACAGGCUCAGUAGUUGUGGCGCACGGGCUUAGUUGCUCCGUGGCAUGUGGGAUCUUCCCGGACCAGGGCUCAAACCCAUGUCCCCUGCUUUGGCAGGCGGAUUCUUAACCACUGCGCCACCAGGGAAGCCCCUGGAAGCUUAACUUUUGAACUGUGUUUUUUAUGUAUGAUAUAUAUUUAUCUUUUCUGCAGUAAGUAGAGAAAUCAUUUCUUUAUUUUUAUGACAUAAGUGUUUUCCAUUGUGUAUUGUGUUAUCAGGUUUGCUGAUUUCCAAGAAGAGCAGGCAUCUCCUUUUUGAGAAUUACUAUAGCUGAGCUGGAUUCUCUGGGGAGAAAAACUUUUGUUGUUACAGAUGGGCGAACUCAUAGAAAGUUUCAGGGGUCUCAACCAAGGUAGCACAGAUGAAAACGCGGCCUGAAAAUCCUGCGUAAUGGUUGUUCACUUCACAACUCAUUCAUUCCAAAUGUAAAGUCAGAAUGGACAAAGUAUGAUUAUCAUACUGCAUCGACGUAACCCCUUUCACGUUUCAGUACCUACUGACUUUGCCAAAGAAGUUAUGAGAAUUGGUGGAGAACAGAUAAGUGCCAUCGGACGGGGCAUCUGUGUGUUGCUGGGUAUUUCCCUGGAAGAUACACAGAAGGAACUGGAGCACAUGGUCCGGAAGAUCUUAAACCUGCGUGUGUUUGAGGACGAAAGUGGGAAACACUGGUCGAAGAGCGUGAUGGACAAACAGUACGAGGUGCUGUGCAUCAGCCAGUUCACCCUGCAGUGCGUCCUCAAGGGGAACAAGCCCGACUUGCACCUGGCGAUGCCCUCAGAGCAGGCGGAGGGCUUCUACAACGGCUUCCUGGAGCAGCUACGCAAGGCAUACCGGCCGGAGCUUGUCAAAGACGGCAAGUUUGGUGCCUACAUGCAAGUUCACAUUCAGAAUGAUGGGCCUGUGACCAUUGAACUGGAAUCUCCGGCUCCUGGUGCUGCUACCUCCGACCCAAAGCAGGCAAGGGCAACAAAAGCAAAAAUAAGCAAAUUGGACUACAUCAAACUUAAAAGCUUUUGCAUGGUGAAGGAAACUAUCAGCAAAAUGAAAAGGCCACCUACUGAAUGGGAGAAGAUAUUUGCAAAUGAUAUCUCUGAUAAGGGGUUAAUAUCCAGAUUAUAUACAGAAACCAUACAGCUCAAUGUCAACAAAACAAACAAUCCGAUUAAAAAAUGGGCAGAGACCCUGAAUUGACAUUUCUCCAAAGAAGACAUAUAAACGGCCAAUAGACACAUGAAAAGAUGCUCAACAUCACUAAUCAUCAGUGAAAUGCAAAUCAAAACCCCAAUGAGACACCACCUCACACCUGUCAGAAUGGCUGUCAUCAAGAAGACAACAAGGUCUUCCCUGGUGGCGCAGUGGUUGAGAAUCCACCUGCCGAUGCAGGGGACACGGGUUCAUGCCCCAUUCCGGGAAGAUCCCACGUGCCGCAGAGCGACUGGGCCCGUGAGCCAUGGCCGCUGAGUCUGCGCGUCCGGAGCCUGUGCUCCGCAAUGGGAGAGGCCACAACGGUGAGAGGCCCGCGUACCGCAAAAAAAAAAGAAGACAACAAAUGACUAGUUUUGGCACAUUAUUAUUUUAAAAGGUAAUCAUG